AUGGCCACUUCGAUACUUACCGAUUGUAGCAGCUUUCAGGGCUCUACAACUAGUUCUUCCAGUGACAUGAUGACCGGCACCACAGCAGCUUCAUCUUGGUGUGCCAUACCAACAUCAACAAGAAUACGCUUAAUACGGCUCUUUCGUCCACAUACACGUCGUAUGCUGGUGACACCCAGUGCCACACCUUCCUAUGGGUUUUCAGUAAGAGGUGGCAAGGAAUAUAAUACGGGAUUUUUUGUCUCCAAUGUGGAUCGGAAUAGUGAAGCGGAACAGAAGGGUUUGAGGAUUGGCGAUCAAAUAUUGCGUAUCAAUGGAUUCAGAAUUGAUGAUGCCAUCCACAAGGAGUUCUGUCAACUUGUUACUAGUCAAGAUCGUUUGGUGCUUAAAGUGCGCAGUGUGGGCAUGUUGCCAUCAAAAGACACGGAUUCCGAUAAUCUUUCCUGGAAUGUGGUGAAAAUUCCCAGCAUUAGCAGUACCCCAUCGGAGUGCUCCUUUCAAUCGAGUAGCAGCACAGCGGAUCAUCCAACUCUACGCAAUCGCAAUGAACGGGUGGUGAAUAUUGUACUCAAUGUGGCACCCCGAACCAAAUUGGGCCUGGGCAUAUGUAAGGGACCCGAAUGGAAACCGGGUAUUUUUGUUCAGUUUACCAAGGAAAAAAGUGUGGCCCGUGAGGCUGGACUACGGCCAGGAGAUCAAAUUUUGACUGUCAAUAGCAUCGAUUUCUCGGAUGUGUUGUUCAGCGAGGCAGUGGCCGUUAUGAAAAGCUCCAAUAAAUUGGAUAUGACCGUACACAAGGGUGCCGGUUGUGAUCUAUUUCCUGGUGAGUCGAGUGGUUAUAACAGUUCGGCUAGUUCCGUGACCGGUGAUCAAAGUCCAUGUUGGGGUGAUGUGAAAUCGAAGCGUCUGACAUCAGUGAGGGAAGAGACAAAUGUCACACCUCCCUCACCACCACAUGGCCCGACAAUUACAAAACACAAUAUUUGGAAUCAGCAGGGGUUAUAUGAAAAUGAACCUAGAUCGAGAUCCAAGUCGAAUGUAGAACGUUGCAUGAAAUCCAUGGUAAAUGAUAACACCAUGCGUCCCGAUGAUACCAUGAAGAAUAUGACAAAAUCCCAUAAAGAGAUAAAUAAAACCAUUAUAAAAUUAUCCGAGAGUGGUACUUCGAUAAAUAACACUUAUGUGGCCACAACGCAACCUUUAACGCAGAGCAAUAAUAAUUCAGAUACCACACUACGGCAUGCCUCCUUGACAAGUGGUUAUAGUGAAAGUGUGUCCAGCAGUGACAAUGAUUACAAUGUAGCCACCCUGACAAAGAACAAUCAACAAUCAGCUGGUGAUAUGAAGAGUAGUAACAUCCCACCGGUACCACCACCAAUUGCCAUACAAAAUACAAGUGCUCCUAAAAUUAUGCAUCACACAACGAAUAAUAAUCAUCAUCAGAAUGCUUCUCAACAUCCUGCAUUCAAAGAUGCGAAUAUUAAAUUGGGUGGAUUGGCUUCCACAAUGCAAAGAUAUGCCACAUUGGCCAAUUAUGUGGCCAUAAACGAUUUACCCACGUCACCGACAAAACCCAGUGCAGAGAAUGAAUUAUCGACAACAUCUGGAGCGAAUGCCCAGACUGAUAGUUGCAGUUUAUCAAAUGCCAUAACGGAGGAAUUGAAGAAACGUAGAGCGAAACGUCAACCGAAUUGUCAGCCAUCACAGCGCAGUGAUAGCUUGAACAACAAUUCGAAUUCACCUGGUGAAUCGAAAUCUUCCACCAAGAGCCAUAACACUCACAUUGCCACUGAUGACCAACACAGUGCUCUCAUGAAUGAGUUUAAACAGGCCCAUAAACGUAUGUUCCGAAAUGGUUUUAAGGAUUCAGAGUCUUCUGAAAAUCAAGUGACUACAACAACAUCCACUCCAACAACGACAACAGCGGCAGCAACAUCGCCAGCUGCCGUCAGCACCACCACCACAACGCUGGUGCAUGCUACAAUGAAACCCGCACGCAGUGGAAAAUGUUUGGUUACGUUCAGUACCUAUGAGGACCGCCAAGAAGCUCUAAAACGUACAACGAUGAUGGAUGACCCAACGACGUAUCGUGCAAAGGGUACCAAACUGCCGAGUAAAAUUGAGACAGUGGAAAAUACAAAAGAAAAGACACAACUGCAUGAAAGUAACAGCAACAAUAACAAUAAUAAUAACAACAUCAGUCAUAUACCAAAACCACCGCCCAUGCAGUUGAUGUCACCGCCAUCGAAUAACAACAGCAACAAUCUAAAAACCCAACCGUUUUCACAAAAAUCCCAGGCCUUUAAUUCAUCCAAAUCAUCUUCGACGUCUUUGUAUUCUAAUGAAUCAUCUUCCAGUGUUACGCUAAGAUCAUCAACAUCAUCUUCAAAUGGUGCGGCCAGUGAAUCUUCCCUUUAUCGUAAUUCUAAUCGGAAUACAACCUCUGUCCCAUGUCCCCCCACCAGUCAAAAUCGUCAAACUCUACGAUUGGGUACCGUUACCAUUGGAGAAUAUCAUCAGCCGGGUGCUCGUAAAGAACCGGAAAAGUUUGAUUUUAUUAGUUCAACAAUAAAACGUAAUGAUGGUGAUCCCGCAACAUCAGCAGCAAAUGGAGCAUAUCACCAUGAAACGCUACAAAGUGAAUUGCACAGCACCCUGUCAAGGUCAAAAUUGAAAAAGACAAAUGGUUCGGUGUUGGAACAUCAGCGUAAUUGUCCACUACAUCAAAGUCAACAACAAAUGCAACAGCAGAAUCAGCACCAGAAUCACCAUCAACAACAACAUAAUCACCAUAAUCAACAUCAACAUUCGUCCCAACAUCACCAUCCAUCGCAACAAUAUGAAUAUCAAAAUGUCAAUUUCAAUAAUACCUACAGUGUAUCCGAGAUGGCAAAUAAAUUGCAAAAGACCUCCAUCAAUGGUGCUGGUGGUGGCGGUGGUUCUAAUAACACCCCAUCUGGCACUGGCACCACCCCUAGUGUCGGUGGUAUUUUAAAGAAUGGCAAUCGCAACAGUUCGUCCAACGGCAGUAGUAAUAAAUCCACUGAAAAAUCCAUUAAAUUUGGUUAA